AUGAAUGUCUAUUGAAAGUUAAGAUGCCCAGAGGAUUUUAAGUGUCAAAGUAAAUUGCUCCAAAUCCAUUUUGAAACAGUAGUUCUUUGGUCUUUUCAGUAUCGGUUUCUCAGUCUCCCAGCAGAAAUGCCUGCAAAGUCAGUUUGAGGUCGGCUGAAGUCCCAAGGCUUCGUAUCAAGUUAUAAAAUCCUUCUACAGUAUUUGAUAAAUAACCAUCUGUUGUUGUUGAUGAAGCAAACAAAUCUAUUUCCUCAAUUUUGGUGUUUUUGAGAGCCCUUGAGAAGUCAAUGAUACUUGGAAUGGAUAAUAAGCAAGCUCUUCAUAUGAAAGAUUUUACAUGCUUGUAACAACGAUUCCAACAAAGGCUAUCUCUUGGAGAACUUUUGGGCUUACCCCAAUUAUUUGUUUGAAAUAGUAAGAAAUACUAUAAUAACUCCCAACAUUAGAAAUAAAAUAAAAUUUCUCCACCUUAUCAGGAAACGUACACUCCAGAAACCUUCUAAAAUGCUGUUUAUUCCUUCUUACCUUCUCAAAUGUAAGUUCUCUGCAGUUAAAAUACCCAAAUGGCUUCAUUAUUUUCGAUAUAUCUAUAAUUCUCCCUUUCCCAAACGUCAGGUACAAACUUGGUACAGUGAAUCCAUCUCUAUCCCAUUCCUCGCAUUCCUCUAAGUGUAUUUUCCGGGAUAAAUUCUGUUUUAUUCUAUCUGAGUGCUCUUGUUCCU